AAGCACGUGCAGCAUCCCCGCCCGGGCCACUUCCGGUCCUGCGCACUAACCACAGUCUCCAACAUGGCGGACAAAACAAGUAAAACUGCGGCGGGGACGGGCGACAUGAAACCCGUCCCCAUGAAACUCUUCUCCUCCUGGGAGGUAGAGAGAACGGCGCCCAACUGCAUCCCAAGGUUAUGCAGCUUGACCCUGACCAGACUGGUGGUGCUCAAACCUCUGGAAACAGAUCUCACAUCAGUGUUAAUAGCUGUGAAAAUGCAGAGCUCCAAACGAGUCCUGCGGUCCAAUGAAAUCUUCAUCCCCCAGAGUGGAACGUUAGACACAACAUUGGAGCUGUCCUUCUCACUACAGUACCCCCACUUCCUAAAGAGAGACAGUAACAAGCUCCAGAUCAUGCUGCAGAGAAGAAAACGGUACAAGAACAGGCCGGUUCUGGGCUUCAAGACUCUGGCUGUGGGGCUGGUCAACAUGGCACAGGUGCUCCAGAGACCGAUGGACAGUGACUUGAACAUGUACAGCAAAGAGAGCAAGUCACAUGUCGCUGCGGUCAGGAUCGUGGGCAUGUCCAGUCAGCCGGUCGAUCACGAGGAAGGAGCGACGGGCGGGAGGAGAAAAGCGGAGUCAACCGGUGAGCGCCGCUUCAGCCUCCUCACCCCCUCCGACUUGUACCAGCACUACAUGUUGCGGAAGUCGGGGGGAGACCUGGCCACUCCCGACGUCAAUAACUUCUGGGAGAACGGACCCACCAAUGACCCGAUAUCGGACGGGGACAAUGGUGAACCCGACAGGGAUUCAGCGUUUACGCUAGCAGACAGAUCACCUGGCGAGGACAACGAGAGCGAUGAAGAUGACGAGUUCUUCUCCUCGGACCAAGAGGGGAGCGACAGCGAGGGGAACAUCGGAGGAGCUCAGGACCUCCUUGACGAAGAUAUCCGAGGCAAAAAAUCUGGUCGCAGAAAAGUGCGGCCUACGCUGAGUAGGCAAAGAAACUUCAAGCAGAAGUUCAUUGCUCUGCUGAAGAAGUUCAAGGUUCCAGAUGAGGUGUUGGACUCAGAAGCAGACCAGUAUGCAGAACAGGAGGGCCACGCCCGUGACAUUGAUGAGGAGCUGGACCUGUAUAACAUCGAUGACCUGGACCUGAGCGACAGCGGGCAGGAGAUAGACGACAACACAUCCAUCAUCUCAACACCCAAACCUAGCCUCAGACCUUUCUUCUCACAAGGUGUGCACACCAUUUCACAAGAAAUUCCCCAGACUCAGGUGAUGGACAUAAGUGAUGAUGUUGGUCUGAGACCUGAGACAGAAGGCCUACAGGACCCAUCAGGUGACCUAGACACGCACUCUGACAUGGGGAGUCCUGCACGAGACAAGAAGAUCUCACAGAAGUCCUUGUCUCCACAGGCUAAAGAGAGGCCAAGCAGUGCCAACAGAGAACGCAGCAUCUCCAUGAGGGAGAGGAAAGUCACCUCCAAAGACAUGGCCAGAGAGAGAAGAAACAGUACAGGAGUACCAGAAGCACAGGGUGGGAGGAGAGACAUAAAUACCAGGAAACUUUCCUGCCCUCCACAGAACUUGUCCUCCUUGGGUGUUGUAAAUGAGCAAGCAGAAGUCCACCAUGUCACCGACUCAAGAAAGAUGUCUGCCCCAACCCACCUGAUAUCUAACGCUUCUCAGUAUGAAAAGAGUGUGGUCAGGAAGACCAAGUCAGGCCCUGGAGUGUUGGUGAUACAGGACCAAGUCAGAUGGGGCACGGUUCCCCACAAGUCCCUGUAUGACCAGUUGGCACACAUCAUCCCCUCUGAUGAGCACCUCCCUGACAGUGUGGUGCUGGUUAACACAGCAGAGUGGCAGGCACAGACCCAGCUUCUAGCCCAGAAACUCCAGGAGCUGCACCACAGAGUGGUGUGUACAUCCUCACAGGCUGACGUCAACGCCACCUUCUCAUUCCUGGUGGCCAAGAUACAGAAGUUCUGUAACUUCAACUCCCAGCAGCCCAUUCCCAUCAGAGUAGUGCUGGUUGGUGGAGAGAGUUACGUCCACGCCAUCCUCAGGCCAUACGUCGACCAGUUCUCGCAGAAACCACCUGACUGGCAAAACCACAUCAAGUUCUACAUCGUUCCUCUAGGAGGCCAUGUCCUUGCUAGGUACCUUGCUUCAAUAGACAGCAAGUAUAACGCCACCUUCAAUGACCAGACGUGGAAAGAGGCCUUUGAAAAGCCUGACUCAUCAACACAGCCAGACUACCAGGAAGUGAUAGGGAAGAUCAGUUCCUUUGUCCUGUCGGCUAACGUGACCCACCAGCUGCCCAUCGCGGAGGCCAUGCUCACGUACAAGGCCAAGGUCACAGACGAGGAGUCAACACAGACCUUCAUACCGUUCGUCGGGGAUGUAAGAGUUGGCAGCAGUGAGUCAGCAAACCUGUCAGUGUCGAUGGACAUGGACGACGGUGUGUCCGGCUCCCCGCAGCUCGCAUCCGGCCUGACAGCAACCCCGACCUCCACCUCGCAACAGGCCAUCAAAGACAUGAAGGAGACAGCAACGCCUCCUACCUCUACUCUGGGAAGUCCAGGCCAGAUGCCACAAAGUGAGAACACACAGGUACUGCUGACUAGUACUGAUCCGUCGUCAGGCGCGGUGCCCAAAGUUAAGGCAAUGGCCAUGUACAUAAGCCCCUCCUCUCAGACUGAAGUCCUCGACCUUCAGAUUGACUACUGGCUGUCCAGUCCGCCCAGGGAAGGUGGGAAGGAGAAGGAAAAGGACAAGAAGGAGAUGACCAAAGGGACAGUCAAGACAUCGGUCAGAUGGCUACAAGUUAACCGGCUGCCCGUGAGCGGAGACGUGUCGGGAUCCAGCGGUACUCUCACCAUGGUGCUGGUCACCAAGGAGAAGAAACAGAAAAAAGCUUACCAGCUAACCACCCAUCAUCUUAAUGCAGUAAUGCGAAUAGGCAAGAAGGCUAAGGAUAAGGAGGCGGAGUCAAAGAGUCAAACCAUCGAGGCGGUCAACAGGUUGAUUUGUACAUCAAAGAGCCAGAGCAGCCCGCUCAAAGUAACCAUUGAUGGAUCCGAUUGGUCAGGAGUGAAGUUUUUCCAACUGUCCGCCCAAUGGCAGACGCACAUCAAGCACUUCCCUGUGGGCCUGUUUGGCCACACCGAGACAGCUUGUUAGUCAGAGGGUCCCGACUUCAGCCCCAACGGAGUUCUGUCCAGCAAGGUGUCUCUCGGCUGCUGCUGCCAGCCUGUUCCCCUCCCGCCGCAACUCGUCAGCUGAUCGGCGUUUCUCGUGUUUGCACCUGCCGCUUUCUGCGUCACAUCGCGCCAGGCAUAUGCCAACAACACAACAACUGCCCUACACCAAGAGAGCCUUUCCUUUUCCUAUUUACGUCCUAGAUGAUUUUUAAAUUUAUGAAAGUGACAUUUUUAUAACUCAAUGAUGAUUGUUAUACUUCGAAAGAGCUAGCGAAAUUGUUCCAAGUGUCAUUAUGUACCUUCCUUGCACUCUUACUUAAUGCUUCAUUUGAGUCUUGUUUUCCUGGAAAGAAAUGUGUAAAAGCUAAUUGCAGACAAUCUUGCUCUAAGCUUUUGACACACCAAGCCAGGUUAAGAAGCAGCCAGGUUGUUGGACAGUAAGUCGGUAUGACCUUCUCAGGGCAGGUCAUUGUCCAGACCAUGGACAAGACUUUGUCCUCUUACUUUUUUUUUUACAAGUGGACUUCUUCAAAAACAGCAGAGCACUUAGAACAAAGUAAGUCAGGACAGCUGAAAUAAACUUUGUUUCUUGUAGAAGGGUAUCGUCAGAACAAAGUUAGGCAAACUCGAAAGGAUGGUAGGAAAGUAUGUUUGCGCAGUGCAGCAUCAGAACAUACUAAAGGGCUGACUAGGUUGAAGGAUUGUGUCAGAAGGCACACAGUGCUUGUGUUUGUGUGUGUGUGUGUGGCCAUGAAUAUAUGUGUGUGCUUGUGUGGUGUUCUAUCCGUACACCCUUGUGCACUAUAAGUGACUGUACGUUAAAAGUGGUUGUGAAAGAAGUUGGGACUAACUGAAUGUGUAAACAAAUACUAAAGAUGAACUAUACUAAAUCAAAAGUACUAAGGGCACCUACACACAAGUAGAUGUGCAAUGUUGUCAACUAAUUUUUUUAUGUGUAAUUAUACAAAUUUGUGCGGUAUCAAAUUAACAAUUACUGUUGAAAUAAAACGCUAAUUGCUGCUUAAUCUGCUUGUGAUGUUCCACAAUUGUUUUGUAAUGGGCCAACCUGUAAAUGGUAAAGAAAGGUCAUACUUAAUGUUAUAGGAAUGGUUAUAGAAUAUUGUAUGGGUAGUUGUAACUUUUGAAGUCUUUGAUGUGUAUGACACAAUUUAAUGUUGUUGAUCCUGGUAAUCUACAUGUAUUUUGCAAUCUGAUUUCUUGUUUUAUUUAUGUUUCUCUGCAAGUGUUGCCUCUAAACUUGGUGACUGACCCAAAACAUGAUAGAAGUAAGGCAUUGCUAUACAGUGAAACAAAAAUGUAGCACAUAUUUACACUGACACACAUGAUUGGCAUAUUGUUUUAUGGGACAACUCACCAAGUUUGGAGUCAGUGUAUAAGAAAAAAAUGUAUACAUUCAAACUCUCCCACCCUAUGUAUUGCAUAUAUUAUUUUCCAGCCUGGUGCUGUGAUAUAUAGUAGUAUGACAUAUAGGUGUAUUAUUUUUGGUGACGCCUCUGGACAGAUCUCUUUUGUACUUUUUAUUUAAAUCAGUUUGGAUUAUUUUGUAAACUUUUCAGACUUUUGUUGUAGACACUUUAUCUGAUGACUUACAGGUCUAAUGAAUAAUGAUUAUUGUCCUAACUGCUGUUUACAUGUGUAUACAAUGUUGGCUUAAUGUUAGGAUAGGGGCCACAGCAGUGUUUGCUGAUUUUUACUUUUGGUGCUGAGUUUCAUGAGAGUACAAUUGUGCAUAUAUACAAGGUCUGACCAUCACAUGUGGAAAAGUUUUGUUUUUCUCCCUUCAGCAUUACCAGUGACAACUGUACAAAUCCUGCAAGUCUUCCAUGGGGAAUGGUUUCUGGAAUAUGCCAUUGAUGUUUCAAAAUGGGGGCGGGGGCCACAGGGUUGUGGAACACAAAAAGAAGUUUGCAGUUCAGUUGAAUACUUUGUAUCAGUGGCAUGAAAACUCAUUAUUAUAGUGAAAGCCUUCUCAAAAGGAACUAAAAGUGGGCCAUUCCUCAUCAAAGCCAUAUAUACUUCUGACUUGCCAGAGAAAUGCAUAGACCCAAAAAUGCCAUAACUUUUAAUUAACCAACAGUUGAUGUUGCAGUCUGUAAUUGCUUGCAUGUGAAGAGUAUCUUUCUUAAUGUUGUAACAAGUCAUUUACAAUUAUUAUGUGCUUAUUUCAUGUGCUGUUAAUCUAAAGAAAUGUAUACAGCUAAUAUCAAUGGGCAACAGAAUAGAACUAGACGGUAAUUUUGGCUGUGCAUGUACUGGUAAAAGUUGGUACAAGUUGUCAAUGUAAGCUACAUUUCCUCUGGCACCUGCCAGAGGGCACUUAUGUACAACAUUGCAGCAGCAGAGGGUCUCCAUGUCAUGGACAGUCAGGUUUUAAACUCUGUACAUUUUGGUGGCCAAGAGCAGCUCACCAUGAAACUAGUAGGCACAAAGUAGCUUAGACUUGUUCUUUGUCUAUUGAUAAUUAAUGUCAGAUUGAGGGCUUAUAGUUCACGUAGGUGUACUAUGUGCCAAAAUGCUAUAUGACAAAAAGUAAUAGAUUCUUGUACGCAUUGUUCAUGUAAAGGUUAGCACACAAAUGAAGUUUAUUUUCUUAUAAGUACAAUGUACACAUUGCUUCCUCUAAUUGCAUCUCUCUAUGUG